GUUUCACGUUUAAUACCUAAAACAUCGUUGUCGUCUUCCUCUCUCGUCUCUUCUUCUUCUUCUUCGUCUCUAAUGGAAUCCAUCGCCGUUCUUCGAGAUCCCAUCGUGACCAUUCUCGGCGAAGAAGCCGGAGGAAUGGGUACCAGCUGUACCGACACUGUCCUUUCAGAUGAGCAAGAAUCGGAUCGAGGGUUUCAUGGCGCCGAGAGGAGUUUCGGCGUUGACUUCGACAAAGAACGAGAAUCUGGUGUUCAAGAAUCCCAGACUGAUGAAAACAUGGAUGGUUUGAGUGACAAAGACAAGAACCCAACUCCUGAAACUGAGGAUCUCAGCGACAAAGAUUCACCUACAGAAUCUGAUGCUGAUACCACAAGAACUCGGCCGAAAACUGAAGCUGUGGAAGGUUAUGAUGCCGAGACUGUGAUAAAGAACCAACAGAUGUAUUAUCUGUACUGUCCCUGCUGCGGCAAAGACAUCACCAACACUGUCAGAGUUGUCAGAAAAUCGGAGUUCCAAAAAGGCGAGGAAAAGGUUGUCCCAGAGCCAGUUCCUACUAGUGUUCUCGAUGUCAGCAACCGGAGACCGAAGACCACUGUCCGGGAUUUUAUAUCGUGGUUCCUUCACAUAGCUGUGUUGUUAUUCCUUUACAUCGUUGCACUGUCGUUCCUUUACAUAUUCGCUCUGUGGUUUAUUUUUGUUUCUCCGGAGGAAUUGCCUUCCGCUUCCUCUCCACACUUCAUUUCCAUUUUCACGCUGUUGUUCAUCGCCAUAUUGGCACUAUGCUACCAAUUCAAUCCUGGCAACAAUGAGAAGAAAGAUGCUGAAAAGGUUACGACAAUGCCAUCUGGUCCGAGCAGAUUCGAUGACAGUAAACAAGGGAACAAUGAGCCAAGCCACCCUUCUGGAGAUAACGAGUCGAGCAUGUUGCAAAAUGACGAGGGUGUCUUGCCAAGUGAACAACCUUCCGACAUAAAUUCUGUAAAUGAAGAAGGAAAAGAUACCGCCGAACCUUCUACCCCGAAAAUAUCAAAACCUGAUGUUGAGACAGAACAGGGUCCUGAUGGGGCCAAUGAGACAGAAUCCGACGGUCUGCCAGUUAGGCCAGAGAUCCCGGGCAAUGUACCUGGGAAAGGCAGAAAACUUGAAAUCUUGAAUAGCGUCGUCUAUGGAGGCCUAUUAGAAUCCAUCACAAGCUUAGGUAUUGUGUCAUCCGCCGCUGGUUCUGGUGCUUCAACUUUGAACAUUUUCGUCAUGGGAUUGGCAAAUCUGUCUAGCGGGGUUACACUUAUUGUUCACAAUCUUCUUGAACUCAGAAACGAGAAACCCAGAAGAACAGAAACAGGUGAGAAGGAAGAAGAUCGAUACGAGCAGACCCUCGGAAGAAGAGACAAGUUCUACCUUCACAUGUUCAUAGUGAUCGUAUCAUUCAUCGUCUUCGGGAUAAUCCCUCCUCUGGUCUACGGCUUCUCAUUCCGAGGAACGGACAAGAGACACUACAAAGCAACAGCUGUUCUGGCAGCAUCUCUUGUAUGUAUCAUCUCUCUCGCCAUUGCCAAAGCUUACGUCUCAAGGACAAGGGAGUAUUUCAAGACGGUGUUUGGAUACACGAGACUAGCAAUGGGAGCGUCGGGAGUUUCUUACAUUGUUGGUGAUUUUUUGAAUAAUCUGCUUGAAAAGUAUGGCCUUUAUGAUGAUGUCGGAGAAGCUCGACGAAGGUGACUGUGUUUUUCCGACACAAUCUAUUGUAUACAGAUAAGAGUGAAACCGUUCUUGGAACUGGAAACUAGGAGGAAACAAUGGCAGGUUACCCAUUCUUGGCUUCAUCCAUAUGAAGCCUGCGAAAAUUUAUUUUUGUUUUUAAAAAAACUCACUGUUGAUAUCUGAGAUAGGACGACGACGUUUCACGAGCUCAGGACCGCCAAUGCGCUCGACAAACACUUACCAGAUAAUUAGAUAUUCUUCGAGUGCUUCUUCCUGAUUUUUUUACUCUUCUCUUUGCAACUUUUUCUUUUUUGUUUCAUCAUCGCUUCAUCCGUUCAGUGUGCUGCAAAAAUCCGUCUCCUUUUCCGCAUGUUGUAAUAAUUGCGGAAUCCGCGAAAAAACCCAUCUCAAAGUUUGAAUC